CGUCCCUAAUUCUUCCUGAAUUAGGACUGAACUCAGUGAAGCCUCGACACUGUUCGCCCGUUACUACUUUACUGGAGGAAGCUAUCCUUAGUUAAAUAGUCGUGUCCGGAUAAACUCGCUUUGGUGCACGGCAAAGCUUCUAGUUUAGCUCCGCUAAGCCUGCUAGCCGUUCAUAAAGAGCCUGAAGCCUUUGGUGGCAACACAUCCUCAAUCGAGUGUGAGCGUCAAGUGUUGUGAUUGUCGUGUGAAAGCGUGUGCAAAAAAAAAAAGUAUGAAAGAAGAAGAGCACGAGGAAGACAUUUGUCGGACAAAAGAGGGCGAGCCACAACCGCUGGACGCUGUUUUCAAGCAGCCUCGUGAGGUGUUCCACACGGCAGACGUCGGUGAACGCGAGCUUCACCUGGAGCAUCGGGAGCCGGAGUCGCCCCGAAUGAAAGAGGAAGAGCUGGAGGACGACAUCGGCGAGUUUCCAUUGACUGUCGUCGUGAAGAGUGAGGAAGAGGAUGGAGGAUCCCGAUCACAUGACCUCUCGGCUCCACGAUCAGAGAGUGACGACGACGCGACGUCCCACUCUUCUGACACUGGUGAUGAGGAUGAGCGACACGAUGAAGACGUCACGGAAGGAGAUCUUUGUCCUGAGCAGCAGGAGCCACAAACCGCCCGCAUCGAAGAGGAGGAGCCACAUUUAUCCCAAUUUAAAGAGGAAGCGCGAAAGGAUGACGUCACCCAUUUUCCAUCGACCAGUGUCCUUGCGAAGACCGAAGAAGGUGAUGGAGACCACUGCGGAGGAUCGCAGCCGGACGGCCUCUCGGCGCCACUAUCAGACAGUGACGACAUGACGUCGCACGACAAAAGUUGUAAAGACCUCAGUGAAGAAGAUCUUCGUCCCGAGCAGCAGGAACCAGAGUGCGCCCACUUCAAGGAGGAGGAGGGGGAGCCUUGGCCUCCUCACCUGAAAGAUGAAGAGCAGGAGGAUGACAUCACCAAGUUGCCAUUGACCGGUGUCAUGGUGAAGAGUGAAGAAGGUGACGGCGACCGCUGUGGAGGAGCCCAAUCGGACAGACUCGCCGCUCCACGUUCAGAUCGUGACAGCAUAACGUCACACUCAUCUGACAAUGACAAUGAUGAUGAGAAUGAUGAUGAGGAGGAAGACUCGAAAGACAUCAGUGACCAUCUUCGUCCCGAGCAGCAGAAGCCAGAGCGCCCUCGUCGGGAAGAAGAGGAGGAGCCAGUGCGCCCACUCAUUAAAGAGGAAGAGCAGGCAAACGACAUCGCCGAGGUUCCGUUGACCGGCGUCAUUGUGAAGAGUGAAGAAGCUGAUGGAGGAGCCCAAUCAGAUCGUGACAACUUAAUGUCCCACUCCCACGAAACUGAUGAUGAGGACGAUGUGACAUGUCACACUAACGACAAAAGCGUGAAAUGUUCUGAGUGUGACAAAACGUUUUACAACAGGUCAUUGUUAAAAAUACACACACGAACGCACACCGGAGAAAAACCGUUUGCCUGCUUGGUUUGUGGGAAAAAAUUCUCACGAAAGGAAAAUUUGAACAUACAUACAAGAACACACACUGGGGAAAAACCUUUUGUCUGUGCAGAUUGUGGUAAAACAUUUUCUGUGAAGACAAGUUUAACAACGCACGCAAGAACACACACUGGUGAGAAACCUUUUGCCUGCUCAGUUUGUGGUCAAAGAUUCGCUCAAAGAUGCACUUUGACAGCACACACAAGAACACACACUGGUGAAAAACCUUUCGCCUGUUCAGUUUGUCAUAAAAGAUUCUCAAAAAAUACAAAUUUAACAGCACACAGUAGAACACACACUGGUGGGAAACCUUUUGCUUGCUCAGUUUGUGGUAAAAGGUUCUCUUUAAAGACAAACCUAAUCAUGCACACAAGAACACACACUGGAGAAAAACCUUUUGCCUGUUCAGUUUGUGAUAAAAGAUUCUCGAGAGAGGGAGGUUUAAGCAUUCACAAAAGAACACAUGCUGGAGAGAAACGGUUUGCGUGCUCAGUUUGUGGAAAAAGAUUCUCUCGAAAGGGAGCUGUAAGAAUUCACAAAAGAACACACACCGGUGAGAAACCUUUUGUCUGCUCAGUCUGUGGCUUCCGUUUUAUUGAUCGUUCAGGAUUGGUUAAACACAUGAAAACACAUUCUGGAAACCAUAUUCCUGUUCGUCUUGUGGCAAAACAUUCUCUAUGAAGACAAUGAAGUGAUGCCUUGGGCUCUUGUAAAUAAAGAAGGAUAUC